AUGCGCAACAAAAGGGGUCAAGAUCCCAAUCUCUACUGUGAAUUCCAUAAGGAUACGGGUCACCUCACCGACGACUGUUUCAGCCUGAAGCAAGAAAUUGAAAGAGCCCUAAGGGAUGGAAAGGUCACUCACCUGGUCAAAGGCGGAAAGCGCGACUACCGCCAAAUCCAAAGAAGAGACGAAGGGACAGAUAACAAAAAACUCAGGAAGUUGGAGACCCACAUGGUGCAGGGAGGCCCACGAAGACCAAAGAAAAAUUACAACAAGCGUACACAAGAUGAUUCGUGGCGCGAGAAGCAAGUCAUCUUCCCAGUUGUUAGAGGAGGCCCAAGGGAAAAACGACCAAUAGUCAUCCCAGGAGUGAUUGGUCAUUACCAGACAGACUACAUCUUCAUCGAUCCGGGGAGCACUGCGGACAUCAUAUACGAACAAUGCUUCAAUCAAUUUGACCAGGAGGACAAGGCGCGCUUGGAGCCAGUAGACUACCAACUAACUGGUUUCUGCAACGAGGCCGUCUUUCCCCUGGGACAGAUAUCAUUCCCGGUGUUACUCUCGGACGGACGAAAUUCAAGAACAGAAGAAGUCACUUUCAUGGUGCUGCCUGCACACUCACGGCACGACAUUCUCCUAGGGAGAGAAUCACAGGGAGACUUCAGCAUGAUUUGCUCUGCACCACACUCGGCCAUCGGAUUCCCAACGGAAACAGGCAUCGCACUGAUAUACGCAAGCAAGGAAGUCUUAGCAACAGAUGAAAUGAGGCCUACAAAAGCAAGUAAACCAGCGCCACGCGCAGAGGCAGAAAAAUGGGUGUUGAACAGCGCUCACCCAGAACAAACAGUUACCCUGGGACCAGCGAUGUCCGAUCUUACACGCGCAGCGCUCAAGAAGUUGUUACAUGAGAAUAUGGACGUGUUCGCCUAG